GACAUUUUUAACCACGACCACGACAAAAUUUAUCAAGACAUGACUCAUCCGUUGACACAUUACUACGUAGCCUCAUCCCAUAACACCUAUCUUCUGCAAGACCAACUUCGCGGCCCUUCCAGCGUGGACGCCUACAUCAAUGCACUGAGGAAGGGAUGCCGUUGUGUUGAGCUUGACUGCUGGGAUGGUGAUAAUGGUGAGCCCAUUGUAUACCACGGACACACACUCACAUCGAAAAUCCUUUUCAAAGAUGUCAUACAAGGAAUCAGUAAACACGCUUUUGAAGUUUCGGAGUAAGUUGUCAUUUUGUAUGUGUGUAUUUUUAGAAACUUUGAGCCUGUGGAAGAACUCUUAGAGCGGCCAAAGUCGGGCAUUUAUAAUUCUUUUCUUUAUUCAUCUAAAUUAUAAUAAAAUUAUUUAACAAUCAAUGAAUGAGGCUGAGUAUCUAAUGAAGAAUUAUGGAGAUCGAGGAGGGUGUUAUCCGUCGAGGCCGUAGGCCAAGGCGGAUAACACCCAGCUCCGUAAAUAUUCUCCAAAUUGCAGAUGUCGCCCUCCGAGUUGUCUUCUUGCUGUUUUUGCUAUGUUUUUAGCCAUUAUUUCGCCUAGUUCCAGCUGUAGUUAUUACUCUUGAAACGAGUGAAGUGUCCGCCAUUUUAGUUUUUACAGCGAAAACAACUCAAUCUCGUCCCCAGGUCUUCUCGGUUAACGAUGCGUUAACCUGUAGAAGGCUGCAUUUUUGACGUCACUUCCUCAUUAAUCACAAAAUUCUUCCAAAUUUGGUCAUCAGUAACUGGUUAUGGUGAAUUAUGCGUGUGCUUUUAGCCAAUCAGAAUUGGGUAAAUAUUUUGAAUGAAUAAUAAUAUUAAUUAUUAUUAAGUCUCAAGCUAUGUUCACUCUAAAAUGUGAUAGCCUUUUUUCAUUUUCGAAAACCGUAUCGGAGAGGUAUUUUGCUCACCAAUGAAUUUCUUCUUCUUCUUCAAUUACUUGGCUCCAUCUAUAAAGAUGAUUCUUCAUUCAUUUCGUCCUUACGCAUGCUUCUAGCGGAAGACCUGGUAACACCGCUGCGCACUGAACCUUUACCUCUACUUUCCGUACUGCAAUAAGCGAGGUCACAAUAGUGUGUGCAACCCUGGGGCCGUUUUGUAACGUGCCUGUUCACAUUUUAUCAGAUCGAUUUCUACGCCGCCAAAAAAACUGUUCCGGCCUCGGUGUUUGGUUAUUUUAUCGCCUGUCCGGGUAUCCAGUAAAGAACUUCUUCUCGUUUUUGAUAUACUACUUUUCGGUGUUUAGGUAUAAGAUAAAAUACUCCUUCUCGAGUUUGAUAGGUUACUUACUUACCUGGACAACUGAUGCAACAGUCGAUCCUUCCCGUGUUUGAUAUGUUAUUUAUUUGCCUGGAAAACUUAUGAAACACUUCUUCAGUUCUCGUGUCUGAUAUGUUAUUUCUCGGUGCCUGGAUAUCUGAUGAAACACUCCUUCUUGUUCUUGAUAUAUUAAAUAUCGGUGCCUAGAUACCUGAUGAUACACUCCUUCUCGUAUCUGAUAUGAUAUUUCUUGGUGCAUAGACAUGUGAUAAAACACUCCCUCUCGGGUUUGAUAUGUUAGUUAUCGGUGUCUGGGUAUCAGAUGAAAUACUCCUUCUCUUGUUUGAUAAGUUACUUAUUGGUGCCUGCAUACCUGAUGAAACACUCCAUCAAGUGAAGAGCAAUUGUAACACUCAGAUUUUCACUGCUUUGUAGGUAUCCAGUUAUUCUUUCCCUGGAGAACCACUGCAGCCUCCCAAAUCAAAAGAAAAUGGCAGAAUAUCUCGAAGCAAUUUUGGGCGGUAUCCUUUGUCGACUUCCAAUAUGUUGUACGCUUAAUCAUUGCAUUCUUAUAGAUUUUUAAGUAAGUAAAUCAUUAAUAAAAAGAGAAUAGAAAUAAUCUGGAUAAUCUAAAAGAGGUGUUGGGCGAGUGUAUAGUAAACAGGUGGAGAACGAGUCUAUACCAGUAGCACAGUAAGCACCCUCGAAAGAUUGAAUAUAUAAAAUAUUAACUAUGAGGUCAAUAUUCUAGGGAAUAAUUAUAACUUAGCCCCAGGACCCCACGCCGUUUCGUAGGCUGGGUGUUGACUGAAUUCUUCUGGUAAUCUGAUCAUUUUUCUCGCUGAGUCAGUCGAUUGCUGUUUUCACACCCUCCCUCCCGCCCUGGGGGCUUCCCUUGAGUCCUCAGGGUCUCAGUUCCUUCAUUAAAGACGCCCAAGCAGAUUCACUGGCUUGUUGUUUGCUGAGGUGCGCGGGGAAAACGAGGGAUAAUUAAUCAGAUAAAUAGAAGUUAUAUGUCGAAUGAAUGUGUAAACGAAAAGUUUGAUUGAUUAUAAAGAAGGCAGGAUGUUGUUCCUUGAUUCAGAUAUCGCCUAGAUAUGUUGUACAAAGUGCCUGUAGAUGCCCAGUUUGAUUCUUUCCCAUCUCCAGAAUUCUUCAAGAACAGGAUUCUUAUUAAGGUACUGCAUUGCAUUUUCUCUUGAUUCCAAACCAAACACUCGUACACGUACGUCUUUGUCUUUUGACUCUGGUUUGUGUUGUUAACAAUUGACAUUUUUCUUUUUAGUUUCGUCAAAUGAAGAUAGCGCAGGGCCUUUACAGUUGUCUCCGUGGCAACAAGUUGAACUCAGUCACAGCCCACCAGGGUAGUUUUCCUGACAGGCGCUCGGGUGGAUGUCACGCAUCGCUCCCCGUGCCUACGCGGCUGCUUUAAACCACAAUCCACUUUCCAUUGUUUAAGACGUUUUUAUUUGGACCAAUGAACGCCUUGUUAUUGGAUACGAUGUACCAAUAACAGUAAAGUUUUGCGUCUCGAUGCCUUUUGCAUCAAUAUGUUCUUUUUGUUUAUUUGGCUUUCGCGGGGAAAACCCUGACUCCUCCUUUAACCGGCGAGGGAAAGGAAAUCGUAACGUGACGUUGACCGAAGCUGUGGCUGUGCCACAAUGGUGGAAUUAAUCACCCACGAUUGACUCGACCUGAUAGUUGUUCUCGGCGUAUCUUGCCUUGAUUUCUAAUGUAGGGUUUUAUCACACAGGGCAAGAAAUUAAAACUUGAACACGAGACUGAUGACGAAGACGUCGGUGAUGUAACGGAUGAGGACGAGGCUGCUGAUAUCGAUCAGGAGGCUGCAGCCGCUGUACUGCAGGAAAAGAGUGCUGAGGGCGGAGAUGGACCCUCCACUACUACGUCAACUACCACUGAUACCCCGCCAGUGAAAAAGAAAGAGAAGAAGCCCAAGAAGGUAAUAGUAGAGCAAGUGUAGGGCUUGACAUUAAGUAUAUUUCUUAGUUAUAAUCUCACCGAUUUCCCAACUGGAUAGGGAAUCGCAAAGCUGGCUUAAAGUUUCGAUUACUCCAAGCUACCGUGUCAGCCUCCCUAACUACCAAAUGAUGUGCGUCAUGAUCAUGAAUAUGAUCAGAAUUCAAGCAUUGACUUCUUUCCUCAGUAACUUGCUUUUUGCACGCAAGGGUAAUAUUCACCUCAGGGAUUAACUCAUAGACCAAUCGCGCGUAAGCAUAGAGCUAAUCAAAUUCCUCGCGUUCUAAGUCUUUAUUACGCAAGCAUUAUUCUUUAAUUUGCUCUGAUGAAAAGCUACUUCUCGAAACUUCAGCUUUUAAAUCAUUUCAUGGUGGAAGAUUGACUUUCUCAAUUCAUUUAAUGAAUAAAGGCGAAAAGGUUGCACAGGAAUGUUAACAUAAACAGAGUUAUUGAACGGAACAUAAAUUAUUUUACUUUGCCCGUAACUGAGUUUGUAAAUUAUAACACUGACAUUUGACUCUUUUUCAAUACUGACCCUUAAAACCAAGUACUUCAGACUAACACUUGUUUGCAUAUAUAAUUAUUAUUGUUCAUUCAAAAUAUUUCUCCGUUUGUGAUUGGCUAAAAUCACACGCAUAAUCCAUCAUAACCAGCUACUGUCGACCAAAUUUGGAAGACUUUUGCCACAUGUGAAAAAUGACGUCAAUUGUGCAGCAUAAUUGCCAGAAAACUGAACAGUUACCCGAGAAGACCUGGGGACGAGGUUGAGUUGUUUUGGUAGUAAGUACACAAGGCGGAACAUUUCGCUCAUUUCACGAGGAAGAAAUAGACGAACUAUUGGCUAAAAACAUAUCAAGUACAGCAAGAAGACAACUCGACGGGCAACAUCCGCUAUUUGGAGAAUAUUUGCAGGACUAAACGACCCUUUAUCUCCUAAACUUGCCAAUAAACAGGCAAUUGAAGAUUAGCUUAACAUCGAUACAGGCUAGAACUAGGAAUUGUUUUGAAUGAAUAAUAAAACGAUUAUUGAAUUCGGCUCUCGUAACAUCUAAAGAAUUAUGGAGAUCUCGAAGGGUGUUAUCCGCCUCGCCCACCUUGAUCUUCAUAAUUCUUCAGAUGAUACUCAGCCUUAUCCAAUAAUGGUUAAAUAUCUUUAUAUUAAAACUCUAAACCUUGUUAAUGGGCAUGACUCCUUUUUACUUCUAAACUUUAAUAUAAGCUGCUUUAAACUUUCCGAUAACAAUGGAUCUAGCUAAGGGGCUUUUGGGGUCUACCUCACUCCCCCAGCCCAUCCUUUAAGCACCCCUCGUAUCUUAAGGUAUGAAUGAGCGAGUCCCAAACAUACCUGAAGAUCUGAAUCCGCCAUUGCAUAAACUCGACGAGCUUCUUUUUGCUAUUGAGUGUUUUACUUUUUGCCAUUUUAGUCCAUUUUAUUGUUGCAUGUAUUUAUUAGGAAACUCUGCGCCGAUCUUUUCGUGCCGUUGGUAAAGUGGUGCGUACCGCCGGUAGAUUAAGAGAUGAAACAGAUGUAAGUCAACAUAAAUUUUUUAAACAUUUGUAAAUUUAUUUAAAAAAGAAUANAUAAUUCUUCAGAUGAUACUCAGCCUUAUCCAAUAAUGGUUAAAUAUCUUUAUAUUAAAACUCUAAACCUUGUUAAUGGGCAUGACUCCUUUUUACUUCUAAACUUUAAUAUAAGCUGCUUUAAACUUUCCGAUAACAAUGGAUCUAGCUAAGGGGCUUUUGGGGUCUACCUCACUCCCCCAGCCCAUCCUUUAAGCACCCCUCGUAUCUUAAGGUAUGAAUGAGCGAGUCCCAAACAUACCUGAAGAUCUGAAUCCGCCAUUGCAUAAACUCGACGAGCUUCUUUUUGCUAUUGAGUGUUUUACUUUUUGCCAUUUUAGUCCAUUUUAUUGUUGCAUGUAUUUAUUAGGAAACUCUGCGCCGAUCUUUUCGUGCCGUUGGUAAAGUGGUGCGUACCGCCGGUAGAUUAAGAGAUGAAACAGAUGUAAGUCAACAUAAAUUUUUUAAACAUUUGUAAAUUUAUUUAAAAAAGAAUACUAAAUUUUAAAAUCAUUUGUUCCACAUCUAAACUUAUAAAAUGUAAAUGUUUGCGUUCAACUAGGAUUAACGCCUAAAGACACUUAAACUGCAUUAAACUGCAUGUUAAGAUACACGCGUACGAGAGUUUAUUGUUAGCCGAUUGAGUGCUAAUACAUGGGUUAACAUAAUACAUAAACUAAGGAAAUUCUAAAAGCGGAACUUCCGCUCAAGACUAACCUUCUUUUUGAAACAAUAAUAUUUAAAUCAAUAGGAGAAAAAUAGAAUUGUCCUUAACAUUAAUCUUUUUUGUACUUUAAGAUUUUGUGCAAGCGAAAACAGACUGUCUACUUCAAAUUAUAAACACAAUAAUAUGCUUAAAUUAUAAUAUCAUGACCACCAAAGUUAAUCAAUUCGAAGUUGAAAUUGCGUUGAAAAAAAAUGUGGAAUUUGAGGGAAAAACAAACUGGUGGAGAGAUGUAAAAUUACAAAUUUUCUCAAUUAAUAGACCGUGAGCUGCUUUGUACAAUUCAGGAGACAGUCGCCACCACCCAAAUGAUCAAAACGAGUGACCGAUAAAUAGGCUUAUUUUAAAAGCAAACGUUUCUUAGGUCUGAGAAAAAUCAAAUCAAAUGAAAUAAACACUGUGGUAAAAAAAAACGUCAGAAGAAGGUUGUUUUAAAAAUCUCGUGACACCAAAUCAAAAAUAAAUGACAGAAUGGGCAGAUAAAGGGAAGUUGCGCGCCUUAUGUUUAAACUCAAGGCCACGCUAGCCAAGUCCUAAGCCAACAUUAACACUUACUUCUCACUUAGGGCAAAAUGUUGGCUUAGGGGAGGGGUAGGUGGGCAGUUUCCCAGAAACGUUUAAUGAUCCGUUAUAAGUUAGUAAAAAGCAAUUAAUAUACUUCCAAACUUUUAAGAGAUUUUAUUUUAAAAGUUUGGAAGUAUAUUAAUUGCUUUUUACUUUCUAAUAUUUGGUCACACUUGGAGCAGGGUUAGACAGGUAAUACAAUGUAAAGAAAAUACAUUAUCAAAUCAAAGACUCUAGUAAUGAACAGUAAAAAUUGAUAAUAUUAACUUUUCAAGGGUGACACUUACAAUUACUAAUGACCUAGUGGCUAACAUCGUGGCCCACACGUGAAUAGAAGAAACACAAAUAGUCCAAAUUGAGUAUAACAAUUGCAAGAAUCGCAGCUGGCGGCAGGCAAACCAGUCGGUUGUUUUCAGCUUUACUUACUCACUAAGGAAGGCUGUUCCACAAGACUGAGGCUGCUACCAUUAACGAUCGAUCCCCCAUAAUCUUUUUCGUUUUGAAUCGCGGAUGUUCACGCAAUAUACCAUUAUUGUUUCGACGCAAUUGGUAAUGUGGAGCAGGCAAGAUUGAAACUAAAUUUUUAUUCUAAAUUAUCAUACUCUCUAAUAAUUAACAAUUAUUCUUUGAAAUCGAGGUGAAUAGUGGCAAAAUAUUUACCGAGCCACGAAGUGGCGAGGUAAACAUUCCUAAAGCCACUAUUCACCGAGAUUAAAAAGAAUAAUUGUUUUAGUAUAUACACACGAAGUGAUCUCAACAAAAUCAGAGAGGAAACCAUUCAAGAGUACGAUUUGAUUGACAGAUCGGGUCAGCUAGACACGCGACAGUUUAAAAAUAGGUCUUUGUAGAAUUUUCAAACAUGACAAUUCACAAGCUUAUCACUUCGCAGACAACAGUGUAAUGACUUAAAUGGAACCGCUAAAAGUUUGAAUUGUUUCCUUACCUGGGAAGAAAAGAAGAGCUUUGUUGUUUUCUGUUGACUUGCCAAGUUUAUAGCCGAAAAGGUUUGUUGUGUCGUUCUUCGCAUGAAGUGCUGACAAAAAUGGCGAUUCGGUUCCUCGAGGUAAGACGUAGUCUUCAUGUAGCAUUCUUUCUCGUGUUUACUUGAAACGUAGAAUUUCUGCAAACAGUUGCUUUCAAAUUUGUUUGUCAUAAGUAAACUUCGUUUUUGGGCCAAAUUUUUCUUGUUAGGAAACGCUGAGUUCACGAAACGGCCUCUUCUAGGCGAAUAAACGGGAGUUGCAAACAAUCCAUCGACCACAAAACUCAACUACAGUAAAUGGAAAAACGCCGUUUUGAAUCCUUCGAAGUCUUUUCUUGCCUGAAAAAAAGUCAACCCUAGGAUUUUGUCGACGUUUAAAAGAUCUUUCUCAAGGAAAAUUGGAAAAAAACCGAGUUCACACAUUAUCCACUCGCUAGGAGGUGAAUAUUGUUGAAUAGUCCGAGAUAGCGAACCAAUCAGAUUGCUUAAAUCACCAAGAUCACUGAGUGUGUAUAUACUAAUCCACUUUAGUAUAUACUAAACAGUGGAAAACUACAGUGGAUAGCGUUUUUCGCGCGCUCUGAUUGGCUACUCAAUCAGUGAAUAUCCUGCACUAUUCACUGAUUCACCUCCAGUUCCUCCGAGCGAGCGACGCCAAACUCGCGUAAGUUGCGAGCAAAAUGCCUUCCCGGUUUGCUGCCGUAAACAAACAAAGAAAUUUCACAACUAAUCAAGCAAGCUGUUUCCGAAAUACACGAAGAAGGUGACGAAGUUCGGAUUGGAAGUUUUAACAGGUAAAGCUUUGUCUUUAUGACACGAAUUUAUCGAUAAAACCGGUGAAAAAGUUUUUUGUUUACAAAUGCAAAUUAAGUUUAAGUCUUGGUUACUUUAUUUAGUUGAGUUGUUCAUAGAUAAGCUUAAAACUAAAUUUAAUAAUCUUUUUUUAUAGAAUGAUUUUAAAUACAAAAAGAAUUCACAACUCCUUUUGAAGAAAUUUCCCCGCAAGAGCUAAACAAAUGCCUUCAAAAGUUUUAAUUGUCGGCAAGAAAAAGCGACGGCCGCGACCGCCCGGUCAUUACGCGCCAAAAUUGUUAUCGUUGGCAACAGUAUUUGAGUUAAAAAUCAUCAUUUUUGUGCUCAAUAAUCUCACUGUUUUAGUAUAUACUAAAACAGUUAUUCACCUCAGUGUCGGUGGCUAGUCGUGAACAUUUACCUCACUGCUUCGCAGUUCGGUAAAUAACUACGACUAGCCACCUCCACUUCGGUGCAUAAUUGUUAUUUAUUUUCGUGGUUUAUUUGUCGUAGCGCAUUUGUCAUAUGGGACCACUGUGACUUUUAUUUUCGGUGCUCUUCUGUAUCAUGCUUUGUAAGUAGUAUUAUAUGGACCGAAUUAUCCUUUUUUGAGGUAAACAAACGUGGAUCUUGUCCAUGGGAUUCCAUGUAUUAUGAGAAAUGAUCUUGCACUUUUAGCUGGGCGAAAUGGUCAUUAGUGCCACAUGUGUUUGCCGACAGGAAUCCGAACUCCUCAUUGUUCCUUAUUUCUAACUGUCUUUCUUAUCCUAAUAGGAGGAAAAGAAUGGGAAGAAAACGAACAAGCUUAAAUUGGCAAAAGAGCUUUCCCGCUGUGUAAACUACGUUUCCAGUGUUGGUUUCAAAGGAUUUGAACACGCAAAGCAAAACUGUAAGUGGACAGAGAACAAAGCUUAUAUGAUUGACACGUUCGGAGACAAAUUAGGCAUGUGCAGUAGUAGGGAACAAAUCGAGCGCGGGCAAUCUCGUUCCCAGAGGCCGCGAUCCUUUUGUACAGCGACGGGGAUCACUAUACAAAAGUAACGGAGGCUCUGGGGGCGAGAUUGGAGCGCGGUUCGAGACCUGCUAUUUUAUUACAAAACUUAGAAGAGAUUGAAUCAAAUGGCUGUUCACACGUUCACAUAUGUUAGUUGAUCCAAAUCAAAAAAAAUAAUAAAUGAUAAUUGAAAGUACGUCAAACCUAGCCUCCCCCGCCGACAUUCUUAGGCGUGCCUGGGGAAGGAACGCGUGACGCACGCCUAAGAAUGUCUACGGGGGAGGCUACGUCAAACCAGUCUCUAUGCGAAACAAAGCAGUUCUAGUAAGUUGUACAAAAACAAACUCAGCAGAGUUAGUGUGAACCGAGAGCUUCUUAGGUACAUAAGAUGCAGAAGUGCGUGUUAAACGUGUAUUGGUAGGUUUUGUACUUAAUAAGCCCUUCAAAAAGGAUGCGUUAUAGUGACCGAAACCAAAAUCCUGCGUUAAAUGUGUUUGGGUGGGUUUUGUACUUUAUACUCAGUAGCUGAAACUGAAAGAUAUUCUAGUUAAAUAAAGAAACCCUUCGAAGAUGAUGCAUUACAGCAAGAAAAGGAAACCAAAAUCACAGACCUCUGGCAGAGUAUUAACUUGCUUACGGGUACUCUGGGUAUUGUUACAAAACUUCUUGGAGUGUUUAACUGAUGGAGAUGAAAAACAGUUAAUAGGAAAUAUAGACUGGAAUUAACUGCAGACACCGUCAAAAACACUGUUGUAUAGAACACCAAAUAACUGAAAGGACGCAUAGCUUGAGAUUGACACUUAUCACUUUUUAACCCUUUAAGUCCCAAUAGUGACCAAGAUCAAUUUUCUCCUAACAAUAUCCAUACACUGUCAAGAGAUAAGGUUAUGAGAAGUAAUAAAAUGAUCACCUGAGAGAAAAUGCCCUGAUCUAUCAUCAAAUUCUCUCAACUAAUUCCUUAAGGAACUGCAUGGAGACCAGUUUGGAGAAUUUGUAUGUGGAUACCGGGGCUUAAAGAGUUAAAAGUAAUACAACUAGAAGUGGGAAGCAACCUAAUUUUUAUGCGUGGACUAUUUCACUUUGAAAACAGACAAAUUUCAUCAGAUGUCUUCUUUCGUGGAGUCAAAGAUGGCGAGCCUGAUGACAAAUUCAGGAAGUGAUUUUGUGGAAUAUAAUAAGAGGCAGCUAAGCCGAAUUUACCCAGCUGGUGGGAGAGUGGACUCCAGCAAUUAUAACCCUCAACAAGCUUGGAAUGCGGGCUGUCAGAUAGGUAUGCGAUGAACAGACGAAACUUAUUCUUUUUGUAUUUUUGUAGUCUGUAACCUCUGUAUACACGUUUCCGCGUCUAUUGUUAUUCUCUACCAGUCUUAUUUUUUCUUUAUUUUUGUAUUUUUUUAAAUAUUUCAACCGUUUAUUCCACUUUUCGUUAACUUUUCUAGCCCCUGGUGAAGGUUAUAUUGAAUUUUUCCCAACAGAAAUAUUGGGCAAAUAGAUUCAUAGCUGUCUGACAUCAUUAUAAAACACAUUUGAUGCCGGAAAACAUGAUUUUUUAGGUUAACUCCAUGUAUUCCGGCUUUUUCUGGAAUACGGUCAAAGGUCAUUUGAACGGGCCUUUAACUACAUUGUUCAUUUUUUUUUUUUUGUCGUUUUUCUGUUCUCCGUAGUUGCUCUUAAUUACCAAACGGAUUCGGAACCCAUGCAUCUGAACCAAGGCAAAUUCAGAGUUAAUGGACGCGCAGGAUAUAUCUUGAAACCAAAACACCUCAGAGACCGUAAGUACUUUAAAAACAUUAGUUUAGUGCAAAUCAGUAAAAUGCGCUGGAAUUAAACAUCAUUCAUCAGUGGGUGAUUUGAAUACUUUUGAUUGACUCUGUAGCUUCAUUCAACUUUAACCCUCAUACAAAGACUGAGAUUCCAGGAAUAGAGAAGAUAAAGAUACAUAUAAAGGUAAACUCGUUAUGACUCUCAACUGUUGGGCACUUACACAGCCUAUUUUUUCGUAGUGAAGGAGCGCUCUUUAUGCAUGGCUUUAGUAUUGUAUAUGUGUAAAAUUUUGAAAAAAAAAGUGUCCUUUUUAUGUGUUAUUUUGUGUUUUUGCUUUUCGCCUCGAUUAUCUAUAAACCUACUCGCGAGAUAGCCUCCGAACUGCAGACGUAUUUCCGGUCGUCGACCGCUUUUCUCCCCCCGAAAAUAUCUUGUUUUACUUUCCGGAGGGAGAGAUCGACGACCGGAGAUAAGGUCUGUAGUUCGCAGGCUACUCGCGGGAAGAAAACAUCACUUUGUUCUAAAACAUUUAAUCACUUCUAGAAAUGAAAUUACUGGUUUUAUUUUUGUUGUACAUACCACGUACUGAGAAGCAAGUUGUAAAGCCGCAAGCCACAAGAAAUGAGUGCGUACAUAGGCUAAGACAUAGCAGUUUGCUUCUUCUUUUAAUUGCCUCUAUCGUCUACAUGUUGCAAGGCGCCUCUAAGGAAAAUGAUGGGUUUGCCCCAGUCUAUACUUCACCAGGCUUUCUUCUCGAUUCAGAUAUCUCGUAUGUGUUUGAAAGGACAAAUAUGCGGCCUGUACCUUGAGGGUAAUGGGUAGAGACAAUUAUAGUGGUUUUAAAGUGUAUGUGUUGAAAACCCCAAAUAAAUAACGUAGUUUUACGAAAUUAAUGUCAUUCACCUGAAAUCGUUGAGUUUGAUUGUUAGGAUAUCAUUAUUUUAGCAUGACGUCAAUUCCGUAUGUGGAAAAAAUUUUCUUUUUCAUGAAUAAUGUGGCAGUUCUUCACUUUUGUGUGCGAUCGUGUAGACAUGCCGCGUGUUUCUCUAUAUUUCAUCUUGAAUAUAUUCACAGGUCAUUUCUGGUCAACAACUUCCAAAGCCUGCGGGAACUAAAGGAGAGGCGAAGGUCAAAGGAGAAGUAUGUAAAGAAGAUAUAUAGAAGAAUAAAUAGUCUGUCUUUCUAUGCCGCUAUUCCAUAGUGGUAGGGACUUUUACCAUGUAGAAGGCAUGUCGGCGUAAUUUGAGCGGCAAGGAGAGACUUAUCCCGUACCCACCGAUUUCACACCUGUAACCGUGAGAGAUUUGGAUACUUUCUUCUUAUUUCUUCUGCAUACCAUUUCGAACCAUUGCUACCUAUUUCGUCCUUCUCCAUUCCUCACGCGAGCUUUUUUCUUCCGAAUUUUCUUCUUUCUUUACUGCAAAUUAUCACUAACGGUUAAUGUUUCUUUUUUUUUGACCCUGUUUAUUCACGUAGGCUUUCGCUUUUUUCUCUCGGAUUCGUUCGUCCUACCUACUCCACCACCCUCGCCCUUUUCCUUGCGUGAUUGACGUUUUUCCUUGUUUUGCCUUUCAGGUUAUUGAUCCGUAUGUUAAGGUGGAUUUUCAUGGUAUACCAGCAGACACUGCCAGCUUUAAAACAAAAGUCGUCAAAGAUAAUGGUGAGCAGAUUCAAUUGAUAGCUAAUGGAUACACCGUUCAUAGAACUUGUCCUCUUUACUCUUACUCUCUAGGUGUACCUAUUUCGCAAAUGUAAGGUGUUCAUUGUCUAUUGUAAUAUACUAUCACAUUCUACGCUAGGAUGUCUUAAGUUGAUUUCCACUUGUUGCUGUUUUGUUUUUAUGUAGGUUUUAACCCAAUGUGGAAGGAAACAUUUGAAAAAGAGCUUCUUAUGCCAGAGCUGGCUAUGAUUAGGUUUGUGGUUUUUGACGAAGACGUUGGUUCUCGUGACGACUUCAUUGGACAAUUCUCGUUACCCUUCACCAGCGUUAGACCGGGU